AUGGCUUUCACCACUACCUCACACCACCUGAAUCCCCGCGGCCGUAACUCCACCCUGCGCACCUCGUCCGACCCAUCCGCAGAAUCUCAAACGCGUGCUGUCCGUCAGAACGACCCUGAAUACGCUCACGGCAGCCUGGACGCGCGUUCGCCCACCCCGACAGACGGGCCUGUGGCAGCCGCUCUUCCCACCCCGCACGAUGCCGUCCUCGCGGAAUUGCAGGGCCUGCGCGACGGAGGACCGCAAGCAGCCCACAAGGCGGAUGCGUCGUCGCGAACCGUGCCGCGGCUAAGUGUCAUCCCAAGCGUCGGUUCCUUGGAGCGCACGGAGAGGACCGCUACGCCGUCGGCGGGGCUCCCGCGCUCCGCAACGUCCACCCCAGGCGUCGCCCACGAACAGCUGUACGACCCCUUCUCCGGGAAUCUGGCGGGCGUUAUGGUCCCGAGGAAGGACGCUGUCGGACGGGACGUCAUUGCGUCGCAAUUCGACCAGCGGAGGGACGAGCUGUGGGCACGGCUGUCGAGCAUCCGCGAGCUCCAAAGUGAGGUGGCGAGUCUGCACGUGCAGAUGGAGGGUAUCGGACUCAACGACGUGCGUGGGGGAAAGCGCACGGCCGGCGUUGGGGCACGCAUGCAUUCCGAUACGAUCCCCGUGGCGGAGGAGUGGGACGAGCCCGAUGGUGCUGCCGAUGCCCUAGAGGAGCAGCGGAAGCGGGCGCGGGACGCCGAGUUCACCAACCUUGCAGAGACAUUCAAGGGUCGGCGGGAAGCCAUCGACGCUAUCAUGAACAAGCUCGGGGAUCUCUCGGAGGCGCUGACGACAUUUCACGACUUGCCUACCCCCGUGAUGGACUUCUCGGCUAGUCGGUGUACCACGAAGGACUCGAUGCCUCUGUCACCUGAGAUGGGCGAACUAAGGUCGCCUAGCAUUGCAGCAUCGCCCUCGCCUGAGCUGCCGCCCGUGCUGCCCAAAUUCGUACUCAGCGAAGCUGAGAAGGGCGUCUUCCACGAAAGCCCCGUAGCCGCCGCAGGCGAACUUCCUCCUCACGCCUCUCCCGCGUGA